CGGAGUUCAAAGCGGGGGUUUUCCCGCUGGGCUCCAGUCUAACGGCUCGCCCACCUUGUGGGCCGGAGUCGCGGCCGUUUGAGAGCAGGGACUGAACUGACUACUUGCUCUGUGGGACCGAAGUCGUCAGAAAGUCGCCACUUCAGGCAGCCUCUAGGCUCUUAGCUCUGGGCUCGGAGGGUCAGAGUGCAGCUGAAGAAUCAGGCACUUCAGACUGUGGUUGGAGACCUCUGAAUUCUCUCACCCUCAAGGCUUUUUCUCAUCGUUGCUUCUUCCAAAACACCUGGAGAAAAACCUCUCCAUUGGCCAAGCACAAGACACAGUAUCUAUACGCUGAAGAAAAUCAAUUGAGUGGCUUCUUGAAGCACAAUCUGAUUUAGAAGUCAUGGGCUGUGGCACUUCUUCAGUACAAUGCAGCAAACCCGAGAAUCUGCUGAAAGCUGCCUUAGUCAUCCAAAGGUGGUACCGACGGUACAGAGCUCGACUGAGGGCCAGACAACAUUAUGCCCUCGCUGUCUUCCAGUCUAUUGAAUAUGCUGAUGAGCAAGGACAAAUGCAGCUCUCCAACUUCUUUUCUUUCAUGUUGGAAAACUAUACAAAGGGACCUAAAGAAGAUUCAGCAUUAGUAACUCGACUGUUUGAAACCACCACUCGUGAAAACAGGGAUAGACAGGAAUAUGUGGGCUUGGUAGAUGUACCUGACUCCUACACUGGUCCUCGACUGAAGUUUCCUCUCACAUUUACAGACAUUGAUAUACUUGUUAAAGCCUUCAAGCAGCAGCAGAUUCUUCAUGCUCAUUAUGUCUUAGAAGUGCUGUUUGAAGCCAGGAGAGUCUUGAAGCAAAUGCCGAAUUUCACUCAUGUAAGAACCUUUGCCGCCAAAGAGAUAACAAUCUGUGGUGAUUUGCACGGCAAACUGGAUGAUCUUCUGUUGAUAUUCUAUAAGAAUGGCCUACCUUCGGAAAGAAAUCCGUAUGUUUUCAAUGGUGAUUUUGUAGAUCGAGGAAACAAUUCCAUGGAGGUUCUAAUGAUCCUGCUUGUUAGUUUUCUUGUCUACCCCGCUGACCUACUCUUGAAUAGAGGGAACCAUGAAGACUUUAUGAUGAAUUUGAGAUACGGUUUUACAAAAGAAAUUCUACAUAAAUACAAGAUACACGGAAGAAAAAUCUUGCAAAUCCUAGAAGAAGUCUACACAUGGCUCCCAAUUGGUACAAUUAUUGACAAUGAAAUCCUGGUUAUCCAUGGUGGGAUAUCAGAAUCCACAGACUUGAGUGUACUCCACCAAAUACAAAGAAAUAGAAUGAGGUCUGUGUUGAUGCCACCAGUGGCAGUAAGUCAUGCCCUUGACUUUAAGAAAAAUAAACCAGGUGCAAGCAGUAUGGGAGCAGGGAAGGCCGAAUCAGACAGGUCCACUUCUGAACCAUUAACAAAGUAUGAAUGGGAACAGAUUGUUGAGCUUCUGUGGAGUGACCCCAGAGGCAAAAAAGGCUGUUAUCCGAACACAAGCCGAGGAGGGGGCUGCUAUUUUGGACCAGAUGUUACCAAUAAGAUUCUUAGUAAAAACCACUUGAGGAUGCUCAUUAGAUCUCAUGAGUGCAAACCCGAUGGGUAUGAAAUCUGUCAUGAUGGAAAGGUCAUUACUGUAUUUUCUGCUUCUAAUUAUUAUGAAGAAGGCAGCAACCGAGGAGCCUACAUCAGACUAAGUUAUGGUACAGCUCCACAGUUCUUCCAGUACCAAGUAACUAGUACAUCAUGCCUGAGCCCUCUUAACCAAAGGGUGAGUGCUAUGGAAUUCAGUGCCUUCAAGACACUGAAAGAAAGAAUGAUUUCAAGAAAAACUGAUCUCAUAAAUGCCUUCCAACUUCGUGACCACAGUAGAUCAGGAAGGAUUUCAUUGGCUCAAUGGGCGUUUUCUAUGGAGAGCAUUUUGGGACUGAACUUACCAUGGAGAUCUAUUAGUUCACACCUGGUAAACAUAGACGCUGAUGGAAAUGUUGACUACAUGUCUAGCUUCCAGGAUCUCCACAUUGAAAAGCCCGUGAAAGAGAUGAAAUCUAACCUAAUUGAAACUCUGUAUAGAUACCGAUCUGACUUGAAAAUCAUAUUUAAUAUCAUCGACAGUGAUCAUUCAGGUCUGAUCUCCAUGGAUGAAUUCCGGACCAUGUGGAAACUUUUCAAUGCUCACUACAAUGUUCAUAUUGAUGAUGCCCAAAUUGAUGAGCUUGCCAGUGCAGUGGACUUCAACAAAGAUGGAAGCAUAGACUUUAAUGAGUUUUUAAAGGCUUUCUAUGUCGUACAUAAAUAUGAGAAGCCAGGCAGCCAUUUAACUUAAGAUGAGCAAAAACUUUCCUCAGCCACCUUGAAAACAGGACCCCAACAACUUCAGCUCUUAACCAGGGCUUUUGAAAUUCGUUGUAGUAGAGAAAAUUAGACCCUAAUUCAUACCACAAAUAAUGCCUAGUUUGAUUGUUGGUGGUCCUUAUUAAACUGUUAUUGGUAGGACUAUGUUAAAUAUCAGUUGGUAAGAUUUACUUCCAGUUCGAACCUAGUGAUGGUUUCAGAUGAUACCUAACUAGGAAGCCAGAGAAAACUGAAAGCAUACUGAAAGGAAACCACAGAAAGGAAAACUGUUAAGUGUAAUAUCUGUGAGUGGCGAGGUUGAGAGUAAUGUUAAACUACUACUGAAAUAAAAUAUUUCAUCAUCAAA